AACUAACAUGCCAAGCGCUUUAAUCUUUCCUAGGAGGGAAGGUGUUCUUUGCCCCUGGUCACACUGGCUGCCCUUUUCUGCACCUACAAUUCGUUUUUUGAGAUGUGACCAGAACUGUGCACAUUAUUCCCAGUGUGGUCGCACCGUAGAUUUGUGUAAAGCCAAGAUUCUGACCGUCAUGUUUUCGGUACCUUUCCUGAUAACACCGAGCACAGAAUCUUCCUUCUCCCUCACCCUGAGCUAUUGCAGAUUAAUUUGACAUUUUCAUUGAGUUACCCAUCUCUUUCCUGGUCAGUCACUGCCUGUUCAGACCCCAGGACUGUGUACACGAAGGGGUUGGGGGGGUGUUUGCCCUUGUAAUGCCCAUUCACCCACUUUGGAGAGGGGCUUUUGGAGCUCUCUGAAGGCCACUUGGCCUUUUGCCAUCCUGAAUAAUUUGUUGUUCUCUGCAGACUAGGUCACUCUGCUGCUCACUCCUGGCUCCAGAUAAGUUACAUACAAGUUCAAAAGCACAAGUCCUCUGGACUAGAGGCUCAGCUUCUCAUUUCCCUCCAUUGUGGGACCUGUCUGUUUACUCCAACCAUCUGCUUCCUAUUCUUUGCCCAGGUGCUAUAUCAUGGAAGGCCCUUUUCUUUCAUCCAUUGUGUUGUGCCUCUUAAAGUGUAGAAAGAUUCUUUGCCUUUGAUGCAGCAGACUUACUCCGUUUCCUGUUUGGAAGCUCUUGAUAAAGUUCUCACUUGGAGUUGUAAAGGGCAAUGAGUAACUUAAGGGAUGAGGAGCAAAGUCUGCUGCUGCUGCUGCUGCUGUUGUUCUACUGGGGAGCUUGCAGCUGCCUGGUUCAGAGAAAGGCUGAUGGGAGCAGGGAUGUCCCGGUUCAGCACCCCACAAUGAAGAUUUGGCUGGAGGAGAGUGCGGGGGAAGAAGGACAUGCAUUGAAAGAGUUCCUUGACCCGGGAGAAGUUAGCCGGUGUUGCUGUGACAUCGCUUGAACUUUACGUCCCCCUCUGUAGUCUCCCAGAGGGGUUUGCGCCUGAGACUGGUGGAAGCCUCAUGCCCUGGUGGCCAUCUCCAUCUUCCCCCACACUGACCACGGAAGGACACGAAAGAGAGAGCCACUAACUGCUGGUCUGUGAUUCUUUCUACACAGAAGCUGAUUCCCAGCACAUCAUCUUUUGUUUGAUAAUAAUAAUAAGGGAUGGCUAGUGUCGUCCCAUAAAGUCUCCUGGCAUUGCUUAUGCUGCAAGAUACAGCCCUGCUUCAGAUUCCUGGACUGGCUGUCUUCCCUCAAGGCAAAGAGGAUGUCGGCCUCGCUGAGCGGCCAGACUGUGGCCUCCCACGUCCUCGUGGCCCUCUUUGGGAUGGGCUCCUGGGUCUCCGUGAACUCCCUGUGGGUGGAGCUCCCCGUCGUGGUGAAACUGCUGCCAGAAGGCUGGAACCUGCCUGCCUACCUGACCGUCCUGAUUGCCCUGGGCAACGUGGGCCCCGUGAGCGUGACCCUGGCUCACCACUUCGCCCCCGGGCGGCUGAAGGAGCGCUGGCUGAUCCACGGCAUCCAGCUCCUGGCCGUGGUGGCGGCCUUCUUCCUGGCCUUCUUCUGGGACCGCAUCGUGGUGGUAGCCGGUGAGCCCCACAGCCUGGCCUUCCUGGUGCUGGCCUUCCUGCUGGCCCUGGUGUGCUGCACCUCCAACGUCUCCUUCCUGCCCUUCAUGUACCAGUUUCCCCAGCUGUACAUCCGCACCUUCUUCAUUGGGCAGGGCCUCAGCGCCCUCCUCCCUUGCGUGCUGGCCCUGGGCCAGGGCGUGGGGCAGCUGGAGUGCCGGAACAGCACCAACGGAACGCAGCCACACUUUCUGGAGGAGAACUUCUCGGCCACCACGUACUUCUGGAUGCUCCUGGCCCUGCUGGUCGUCUCCGCGCUGGCCUUUGCGGCUCUGGUGCUCUGGCACAGCCGCAGCGGCCCUGCAGAGGAGAAGAGCUCUUCCCAGGACAGCGUGAAGACGGAGGAGUCUUUCCCGCUGCAGUCCGAGAGCGUGCCCACCUCCAAGCAUGCCACAGAGGAUGCCGCAGCCGGAGAGCCCACCAAGCAACCAGCUUCCGCCUUCUGGACUGCAAGAAACAUUUACCUGCUGGUGCUGCUGGGGGUCUCCAACGCCCUGACCAAUGGGGUCCUGCCUUCCGUGCAGAGCUACUCCUGCUUGCCUUACGGGAACAUGGCCUAUCACCUCUCCGUGGUGCUCAGCAACAUUGCCAACCCCGUGGCCUGCUUCACCGCUAUGUUCCUGCUGUGCAGGUCGUCCCUGGGUCUGGGCAUCAUCUCUGCCGUGGGGUGUGUGUUUGGAGCCUACCUGAUGGUGCUGGCGGCCCUCAGCCCCUGCCCUCCCCUGGUGGGCAGCCCUGCAGGAGUUGCGCUGGUGGUGAUCUCCUGGAUCCUCUUCAUGGGCCUCUUCUCCUACCUGAAGGUGGUGAUCGGCAGCUUGCUGCACGAGGCCGGCCACGCCGCCCUGGUCUGGUGUGGCGCCAUCAUCCAGGCGGGCUCUCUGCUGGGCGCGCUCGUCAUGUUCCCCCUCGCCAGCAUCUACAGGCUCUUCUCGAGUGGGCAGGACUGUGUGGACAACUGCAGGCCGUGACGGCCGGUGCCGGCAAGGAGGAGCCGCAGGAGGCCAUGCUUCUGAGGAGCCACCCUCUGGCGCCCCUCUCCAGGGCUGUCAGCACUUGGGGGGCGCAGUCCUGGCUGCUCUUCCUGGCUCCCCUCCAGCACUGCCAGUUGAACCAUCUCAUGCUCUUGCCCCCCAGGCAGAGGAGAGAAGCUUAGGGGCAAAGCACACAGACCCCCAGCCCACCUUGCUUGGUCGCAGCCUCUCUCUCCUCUGCUCUCCGUGGGUUAGUUAGAGCCAUCUUGGGGCAACAGGUAGCAGCUUCUGGUUUGGAGGGGCUGCAUGGCCACGUGCUUAGGAGGGAGGGGUGCUGCUGCAGACACAGAGGCCUUAACCACCAUGCCUUAAGAACCAACCUCUCGCACCCCCCCCUUGGGACCAGAGCACUUCACCCCCCCCCCCACAUACUGACUCCUCCCUAGUGGUGAUCCAGGCCCCUUUAACCUCUCGGGAAUGGUGUCUUCAGAGGGGACAACUGGCUGCCAUGGGGGGAGGUAGGCUGCAUUGCAGAAGUGGGGAGAGGGAGGGGCACCCCCCUGUGACUGGCGACUGGCUUCAGGGAGCAAGUGCGGGGAGUCAGGAAUACUUUUAUUUUUUAUAAUGGGCUCACUACAGUUCCAUUGGCUUUUUAAAACAAAACACCCACCCACCCCCUAAUAGAAAUAAAUUAGGUAACCUGGAGGCGUUUUACAUACCUUGCAUUCUGUGCAAAAUCUGCACAAUUGCUGUUGAGGUUUUACACUAAACUGGGGGUGGUUUGUAGUGGCAAGAGUGUUGGACCUGGGAGCUUGUCCCCGCUCAGCCCUGAAGCUCUUACGGAGCGGCCUUGGAGUCAGUCCCUGCCUCUCAGCCUAGCCUUCCUUCCAGGGUUGUUGUGAGGAUAAAAUGGGGAGAAGAAUCCGCACUACCUGGAGCUCCUUGGGAGAAAAGGGGCAUAACUGUGAUGAAGCAAGAGGGACAGCUAAGAAAGGUCUGGGACUCGGGGGGGGGGAGCAGUAAGGUCCCAGGGUGGGGAACUAGAAUUUGCUGAAAGUGCGCCCCCCCCAGACCUGUUCUAUGUAAGUCUCAGCUGGAGGAGCUGGUCUUUUUUCAUACUUCCCUGUGACACUAGAGGGGCUAGACCAACAUGCGGCCCUUGAGGCAUUUUUUGUCCCCCGCCUACAGCCUUUGUGCCGCCUCCCCUAGGUGGGUAAGAGGUCCUGGGCUCUGGGAAGGUGGCGUGAGGCUCUGAGUGUCCUGACACCUCCUUCCCAGAGCCUAGUUAGCACUUUCCCAGCUUUGGGAAGAGCUGGAAGCGAUGGGAAGGGCAAAAGGGCCUCCUUGGUAGUUAUCAUCUCAUGAGAGGGCCAAGAAUAUGGCUGGACUCCUUGCGAUAGAUUGGUGCAAAGCCGUUUAGAGCAGUAUAAAUCAGGGUCGGCACCUUGAAUUGGGCUCCGUAGUGAAUGAGCAGCCGGUGCAAACUUUUCAAGACCAAUGCUCUAUGCUCUUCUUGGAAGUAAGUCCUAUUGCAUUUGGUGGGGCUUACUCCCAGGAAAGAGGGUUUAGGAUUGCUGCCUUGAACUGUAUUGGUCGGCUAGCGCCGCAACCCCAGAGUCGGCUAUGACUGGACCUAAUGGUCAGGGGUCCCUUUACCUUUUUAAGCCCUGGCCAGCCUGACAGUGGCUGUGGCGGGUCCUCUGUGGGGCUGCCCAGCAUAGCAGUUUGGGAAGUUCACCUGGCUCAGAAAACGCCAGCAGCCAGUUCGUUAAAUGGGGCUUCUCAACCUGGUGACUGUUUGCCAGUCCUUGGAAGAUCCGCCCCGGCUUCUGGCCACAACUGAAUGUGCUGGCUUAUUUAUUUAUUUAUUUCAACCGGAAGCCCUUAAAUGCAGGAAGGGCCCCCCCCACUCCCUGCCAGUUCCUUUUCUGGGGUCCUUCUUGGGUUCCCCCUCUGGCUGGAUGGAAGCCACUGUGGACGGGCCCCAGGCACACGCAGCCGCCAGUCACGGACGUGACUCUCUCAGGCAUCCGUUAAACCUUCAGUUGCCAAGCCCUGGGCAGCACUGAACCUCGAUUGUUCUUUCAAGGAUCAUCCAAAUGGCUAUCUUGUUGUAAUUGAUUGUUUCGUUCAUUGUAAGCUGGCUUGAGCGGGGCUGGGGACCAAAGACAAGAUAUAUUUUUACUCCUUUUUUUUGUAUUUUAUUUGCGAUAUUUUUAGGAUGUUCUAAAGCACUUAGAGAUCUUGGAAACCUGAAGCUUAUAUGUCUAUUUUGUAUGUGAUGCACUUCUUUUACGGAUGUAAUUUUACUGUUUUUCUUAUGCUGCACACUACUGGAAUAUAUUUUUCCCUUAAUGUUGAUGGAGUAAAAACUUUUGCAAAGAAAGUAUAAAUUGCCUAAAUGAGUAAUACAUUUUAAAUGAAUAAAAUGAAUCAGAGUCAGACUUUA